AGCUUUUUUUGCCUCCAGCCUCCUUGUCCUUGCUUGCAUCACUGCACCAGGUCGCCUUGAUCUCCCCAGCGAGCUGCCGACCUCCACCGUAAACGCGGCAGCCUCAGCUAUAAGCGCAGCUCAUCAAACACCACAAGAAGGCUUGCUGCUACUUUGCAAUGAACUAGCUCACCAGUCACCAGAGGCAACCGGCUCCCCAACCCAAAGUGCCGUCGACAGCAUCUCCAAGUUUUCAAGCAUCAUCUUCAAGUGGGUUUAGAUCAGACUGUUGGACUUCCAGUGUCAAGGCUUCUUGUUGUUGAGUACCUCUCAAGCUCCAACCCCCAGCGGCCAGCAGCAGAAAUGGCGGAGGCCUUACUCCAUGUUGUUUCAAAGAUUGGUGCCACAUUAACGGAGGAAACCACAAAGGCUGUGAUAGCCAAGCUAUCAGACAAAGUUAAGAACCUUAAGGAAUUGCCAGAGAAAGUUGAGGAAAUAGGGAAAGAAUUUAAGGCGAUGAGUAUUGUUGUAAAGCAAUUUAGUACACCAGGUCAUAGCGAUGAGCUUGUUAAAGACUGGAUUGGAGAGGUGCGGGAUAUGGCCCACCGUGUUGAGGAUGUAAUGGAUAAAUAUUCAUAUCAUGCUCUUAAAUUGGAGGAAGAAAAUACCAUGAAGAAGUUCUUCUCCAAAGCUUAUUAUGUCAAAGUUUUCAGUGAGAUUGCUGAUGAGAUUAUCCAGAUAGAGAAGAAAAUUGAAAAUGUUGUCAAGCGGCGAGAUCGGUGGCUGCAGCUGACACAGCUUAUUCCUAAUCCACUUGCUGAUAUUGAAAGAAACACACCACGGAUCAGUUUCCGUGAAGUUGUACAAGCUGAUAUUGUGGGGAUUGAACACAACAGAAGACAGGUGACUGAAUGGCUGUACUCUGACAAACAAGAUAGCAUAGUGAUUACAGUAUCUGGAAUGGGUGGACUAGGAAAAACCAUCCUGGUCGCAAAUGUGUAUGAGCAGGAGAAGAUCAACUUUACCACUCAUGCUUGGAUUGUUGUGUCUCAGACCUAUGGUUUGGUUGAUUUGCUGAGAAAAAUGCUUAGGAAGAUUGGGGACCAAGAACAUUCACAUUCACAGCUAAUGGAUUUGGAUACCCAUGACUUGGAAGUAAAAAUAAAAGAAAGGCUAUCAGGUGGAAACUGUUUGUUUGUAUUAGAUGAUGUUUGGAAUCGAGAAGCAUACACUCAGAUAAUGGAUGUAUUCCAGAACCUCCAAGCAUGUAGAGUUAUAAUCACAACAAGACAGGAACAUGUGGCUGCACUUGCUCAACCAAGACAUCAACUCAAACUCAAACCAUUGGAACACAAUGAUGCAUUUAACCUUUUCUGCAGAAAGGCUUUCUAUAACCGCAUGGAAUGCAAGUGCCCUCAGAACCUUGAGAAGCUGGCUAAUGCUUUAGUGGAUAGAUGCCAAGGCCUGCCACUUGCAAUUGUAUCCAUAGGUGGUAUGUUGUCUUCACUGCCAGCAACAGAAUACGUUUGGAAUGAGACGUACAACCAACUUCGGGGUGAGCUAGCAAAUAAUGAUCAUCUUCGUGCAAUUCUAAAUCUGAGCUACCAUGACACACCUGGAGAACUGAGGAAUUGCUUCUUGUAUUGUGGUCUGUUCCCAGAGGAUCAUAAAUUCUCACGGGAAAGCCUUGUGAGGCUGUGGGUUGCAGAAAGUUUUGCCGUGCCAAAAGAACAAAGCACAGCAGAGGAGGUGGCUGACAGAUAUCUCCGAGAACUGAUUCAAAGAAACAUGCUGGAAGUUGUCGACAAUGAUGAGCUAGGCAGGGUUAGUACCUGCAAGAUGCAUGACCUUGUGCGUGAGCUGGUGCUUUCUAUUUCCAAAGAGGAAAAGUAUGGUUGUGCAUAUGAUUUUUCAAGCAUGUCUCAAAUGGACAAGGAUGUUCGUCGUCUGUCGUCAUGUGGAUGGAAAGACAAAAUUGCAGUAAAAGCAAAUUUCCCACGUCUUCGAACCCUAGUGGCACUUGGAAUAAUUUCAUCGCCUUCUCAGUUGUUAUCACCAAUUUUAUCUGAAUCCCACUAUCUUACUGUCCUUGAGCUGCAAGAUUCUGAAAUAACCGUAGUGCCAGCGUCCAUAGGAAAUUUGUUUAAUCUGCGCUACAUUGGUCUGCGCCGCACAAGGGUCAAGUCACUCCCGGAGUCUAUUGGGAAGCUCUCAAACCUCCUCACCCUGGACAUCAAGCAAACAAAAAUAGAGAAGCUGCCACGAGGGAUUGUUAGGGUCAAGAAGCUGCGGCACCUUCUAGCUGAUAGAUAUGAUGAUGAGGAGCAGUCAAAGUUCCGGUAUUUCAUCGGAAUGCAAGCACCAAAACAGCUAUCCAAUUUGGAGGAUCUGCAGACUCUUGAGACCGUGGAAGCCAGCGAGGACUUGGCUGAGCAGCUGGUGAAACUUACAAAACUACAGAGUGUGUGGAUUGACAAAAUACGUGCUGUUGACUGUGCAAAUCUUUUUGCUACACUUUCCAUGAUGCCACUUCUUUCUAGCUUGCUACUCUCUGCAAGUGAUGAGAAUGAGGAACUUUGCCUGCAAGCUCUCAAGCCAGAAUCUGAAAAACUCCACAGGUUGAUAAUCAGAGGAUGUUGGGCAGACAAGACAUUAGAGUGCCCCAUAUUUCUUGACCAUGGCAGAAAUCUGAAGUAUCUAGCUAUAAGCUGGUGUGGACUUAAGGAUGAUCCAUUCAAGUUGCUUGCUCCAUAUGUGCCGAACCUAACCUAUCUUAGCCUUAACAGGGUGUGUAGUGCAAACACCCUAGUUCUUUAUGAGGGGUGCUUCCCACAGCUAAAAACGCUUGUCUUGAAGCACAUGCCUGAUGUUUGCGAGCUGAAGAUCAGUGAUCGUGCCCUUCCACAGAUUGAAGGUUUAUAUGUUGUGACACUUCAAAAACUUAACAAGGUUCCCCAAGGCAUCGAAUCCCUUCGCUCCCUGAAGAAGCUACGGCUGCUGCAUCUGCACCAGGACUUCAAAGCUCAGUGGCAUAUGAACGGAAUGCAGCAGAAAAUGCAUUAUGUUCCAGAGCUGCUCAUCUAGAAGUGUGACUUAGGUUCCAGAUGCGCUGGCAUUAGUUUGUGGCAUAUCUACUUGUAACUAUUAUGCAAAUUGUUGAGUCCUCUAUAAGCCAUCGGUUAUUGGCAUUGUCAGUAAACCUGUGUAGCAUCUAUAAUAUGAACUAGAUUUGUAAUGCUCCAAUAAACCCUUAAAUUUGGAAUUGUUUUGACAUCAGGUUGUACAAGUUGUACUGUGGUUUUGAUUUGUGGUAUGAUCCCCAUGCAAGAACCUGGACCUUGUGUACUGAAUUGCAUAAUGUAAUAAAUUAUUUAUCUUGUCACUA